AUGGGCCUGCAUUCCAACCUGUCGGUGCGAGCGGACUGCAUUGUAGCUGUGGCACUGGCUGCUGGGACUGCUGUGGUGGGCUAUCUAGCUUACAAAAGGUUUUUGGUGAAAGAAAAACUCUACAGGUCCAUGGUCAACCUCACCAUCCAGAAAGACAACCCCAAGGUUGUCCACGCAUUUGAUAUGGAAGACUUAGGAGAGAAAGCUGUGUACUGCCGCUGUUGGAGGUCCAAGAAGUUCUCAUUCUGUGAUGGUGCCCAAACAAAGCACAAUGAAGAGAUUGGUGACAAUGUGGGACCACUGAUCAUCAAGAAAAUGGAGACAUAA